GGAAGCCCCAGCCCAAGGUUAGGCCUGGUGUACCCCACUCAUCCUGAGGCUAUUCUCUACAUUUCCUACUCCCAGACUUGGCUGCUUUCUGCCUAGUCAUGACACAUACUCAAUCUCACCGGUAAAAGUUCCCCACAUAACUGGGCUCUGCACUCUCUGGUCUGGGUCAAACCUAAGACGGAUCAUUAAGAAUAUCUUCUGCAAAGAGCCUCCAAAGCCAUGGCCUCGGUAGCAGCGACCCCAGCCAGGACGCCGAACGGACCAGGACCCGGGGAGGCCUCUGCCAGCUUCCCCACCGUGGCUUCAGUGCCGGGCCCCCGGGAGCCCGAGGAGGAGGAAGAGGAGGAGCCUGCUGAGAUUCAUCUGUGUGUCCUGUGGAAUUCAGGAUACCUGGGCAUUGCCUACUAUGAUACUAGUGACUCCACCAUCCACUUUAUGCCAGAUGCCCCAGACCACGAGAGCCUCAAACUGCUCCAAAGAGUUCUGGAUGAAAUCGAUCCCCGGUCUGUUGUUACAAGUGCCAAACAGGAUGAGAAUAUGACUCGGUUUCUGAGGAAGCUUGCCUCCCAAGAGCACAGGGAGCCUAAGAGACCCGAAAUCAUAUUUUUACCAAAUGUGGAUUUUGGCCUGGAGAUAAGCAAACAGCGCCUCCUUUCUGGAAACUACUCCUUCAUCCCAGACUCCAUGACCACCACCGAGAAAAUCCUCUUCCUCUCCUCCAUCAUCCCCUUUGACUCCCUCCUCAUGGUUCGAGCACUUGGAGGACUGCUCAAGUUCCUGGGUCGAAGAAGAAUCGGGGUUGAACUAGAAGACUAUAACGUCAGCGUUCCCAUCCUAGGCUUUAAGAAAUUUGUGUUAACCCAUCUGGUGAGCAUAGAUCAAGACACUUACAGCGUUCUGCAGAUAUUUAAGAGUGAGUCUCACCCCUCGGUGUACAAAGUGGCCAGCGGACUCAAGGAGGGGCUCAGCCUGUUUGGAAUCCUCAAUAGAUGCCGCUGUAAGUGGGGAGAGAAGCUGCUCAGGCUGUGGUUCACACGUCCAACCCAGGACCUGGGGGAACUGAAUUCCCGUCUGGAUGUCAUUCAGUUUUUCCUGUUACCCCAGCAUCUGGACAUGGCUCAGAUGCUGCACCGAUUGCUGGGUCACAUCAAGAACGUGCCUCUGAUUCUUAAACGCAUGAAGUUGUCCCACACCAAGGUCAGUGACUGGCAGGUUCUCUACAAGACAGUGUACAGUGCCCUGGGCCUGAGGGAUGCCUGCCGCUCCCUGCCCCAGUCCAUUCAGCUCUUCCGGGACAUUGCCCAAGAGUUCUCAGAUGACCUGCACCACAUUGCCAGCCUCAUUGGGAAAGUGGUGGACUUCGAGGGCAGCCUUGCUGAAAAUCGCUUCACGGUCCUCCCCAACAUAGAUCCUGAAAUUGAUGAGAAAAAACGAAGACUGAUGGGACUUCCCAGUUUCCUCACUGAGGUGGCUCGGAAGGAGCUGGAGAAUCUGGACUCCCGGAUUCCUUCAUGCAGUGUCAUCUACAUCCCUCUGAUCGGCUUCCUUCUUUCUAUUCCCCGCCUGCCUUCCAUGGUGGAGACCAGUGACUUUGAGAUUGAAGGUCUGGACUUCAUGUUCCUCUCAGAGGAGAAGCUGCACUAUCGAAGUGCUCGAACCAAGGAGCUGGACUCACUGCUGGGGGACCUGCACUGUGACAUCCGGGGUGAGGAGAAGCGAGUGGCUGGAGCGGACCGGGCAGCGUGGAGACCAGGAGACUCUGCUGAUGCACCAGCUGCAAUGCCAGGUGCUGGCACGGGCAGCCAUCUUGACCCGGGUGUUGGACCUUGCCUCCCGCCUGGACGUCCUGUUGGCUCUUGCCAGUGCCGCCCGGGACUACGGCUAUUCAAGGCCCCGUUACUCCCCACAGCUCCUCGGGGUACGAAUCCAGAAUGGCAGGCAUCCGCUGAUGGAACUCUGUGCCCGAACCUUCGUGCCCAACUCUGCAGAGUGCGGGGGGGACACAGGGAGGGUCAAAGUCAUCACUGGACCCAACUCCUCAGGGAAGAGCAUAUACCUCAAACAGGCUUGAUCACAUUCAUGGCCCUGGUGGGCAGCUUUGUGCCGGCAGAGGAAGCUGAAAUCGGGGCAGUAGACGCCAUCUUCACCCGAAUUCACAGCUGUGAAUCCAUCUCCCUUGGCCUUUCCACCUUCAUGAUCGACCUCAACCAGCAGGUGGCGAAAGCGGUGAACAAUGCCACCGAGCGCUCGCUGGUCCUUGUGGAUGAAUUCGGAAAGGGAACCAACACGGUGGAUGGGCUCGCGCUGCUGGCUGCCGUGAUCCGACACUGGCUGGCACUCGGACCCACGUGUCCCAAUGUCUUUGUGGCCACCAACUUUCUGAGCCUUGUUCAGCUGCAGCUGCUGCCGCAGGGGCCGCUUGUGCAGUACUUGACCAUGGAGACCUGUGAGGAUGGGAACGACCUUGUCUUCUUCUAUCAAGUUUGCGAAGGUGUUGCCUGUGCCAGCCACGCCUCCCACACAGCUGCGCAGGCUGGGCUUCCUGAGAAACUCAUUGCUCGAGGCAAGCAGGUUUCGGACUUGAUCCGCAGUGGAAAGCCCAUCAAACCUGUCAAGGAGCUGCUAAAGGAGAAGCAAAUGGAAAAUUGCCAGACAUUAGUAGAUAAGUUUCUGAAACUGGAUUUGGAAGAUCCCAGCCUGGACCUGGACGUUUUCAUGAGUCAGGAGGUGCUGCCUGCUGCCACCACCAUCCUCUGAGAGUCCUUCCUGGGCCCUCCUCCAGGUCCCAAACCCCUGAACACUGCCAGGCCUCCUUGUUUCCUUACCUCCCUCAGACCCAGAGUUCUCAGUUUCCCUGGAAAUUCUGUUUCAUGUUAAUAAUAAAGCUCAUUUUGGAGAAA